CUCGCAAAUUCAUUUCUCUUUGUCCCACUCCUCUCUCUCUCUCUAUAGACUAUAUAUAUAGACAUACAGUGCUUCUAUAGAUACAAAAAACUGAAGUAGAGAGAAGGAAGCUCAGCUAAGAGUAUUCGAACUUGUGGGGUUUUCGGAAGCCAUGGAAGAAGAUUGCUUUGCUACGCAACUCAUCUACGGCGACGGCCAAUUCAACCGUGAUGGGCUCGAAUGUUUGAUCAAAAAAGUGAACUUGGCUGACUACGGACUCUCCUAUGCCGUCGUUGCCAUCGUGGGUCCUCAAAGCAGCGGUAAAAGCACGUUGUUGAAUCAUCUGUUCGAAACAAAUUUCAGGGAGAUGGAUGCGUACAGGGGAAGGAGUCAAACAACUAAGGGCAUUUGGAUUGCCAAGUGUAUUGGCAUUGAACCUUGCACCAUUGCCUUGGAUUUGGAGGGUACUGAUAGCGGGGAAAGAGGAGAGGAUGAUACCACGUUCGAGAAACAAAGUGCCCUGUUUGCCUUGGCGAUCUCAGACAUCGUUCUGAUUAACAUGUGGUGCCAUGAUAUUGGCAGGGAGCAGGCUGCAAAUAAACCUCUACUGAAAACAGUUUUUCAGGUCAUGAUGCGUUUGUUCAGCCCCCGCAAAACGACUCUGUUGUUUGUUAUACGUGACAAAACAAAGACUCCAUUUGAAUUUCUUGAGCCCAUAUUGAGGGAAGAUAUCCAAAAGAUAUGGCAUGCAGUUCCUAAGCCCCAUGGCCAUGAAAAUACCCACCUAAGUGAAUUUUUUAAUGUUGAGGUCGUAGCUUUGUCCAGUUAUGAAGAGAAGGAGGAGAAGUUUAAGGAGGAGGUGGCCCAUAAUUUGAGAUGCCACUUGCUAUGUCUUACAGUUGCUCAGCUUAGACAACGAUUUAUGCAUUCUAUUUCUCCUGGAGGGCUUGCUGGUGAUAGGCGGGGUGUUGUCUCUGCCUCAGGGUUUUCUUUCAGUGCACAGCAGAUAUGGAAAGAUAUUAAAGAAAAUAAAGACCUGGAUCUUCCUGCUCACAAGGUUAUGGUUGCCACUUUUCGUUGUGAAGAAAUUGCUGGGGAAAAACUUGCCCAGUUGACCCUUGAUGAGGGUUGGUUGGCUUUGGAGAAAGCUGUAGAAAGCGGUCCUAUACCAGGUUUUGGGAAGAAGCUGAGCUCAAUCUUAGAAAGAUACCUUUCUGAGUAUGACAGCGAAACAAUCUACUUUGAUGAAGGUGUGAGAAAUGUGAAACGAAAGCAAUUAGAGUCAAAAGCAUUAGAUUUUCUUCACCCUGCGUAUAUUACCAUGGUGGGGCAUCUACACUCUAAAGCACUUGAAAAUUUUAAAACUGGAGUGGAGAACUGGUUGGAAGAAGGAGAAGGAUUUGCUGCAUUGGUUCGAGCAUGUAAGGAGUAUUGCAUCCUUGAGUUUGACCAAGGAUGUGCAGAUGCUUUCGUACAACUGGCUGGUUGGGAUGCCUCAAAAAUUAAGGAAAAACUUCAACGUGAUAUUGAUGCACAUGCAUCAUCAUUUUGUAGUGCGAAGUUGUCGGACCUGAUUGUCAACUAUGAGAGGCAACUCUCUACUGCACUGACUGAACCUCUAGAGUCCCUCCUUGAAUCUGGUGAAAGGGACACAUGGACUUCAAUAAGAAAGCUUCUUAAACGUGAAACUGAAGCUGCAUUGUUGGAGUUCUUAUCUGCUGUGGCUGGUUUUGAGUUGGAUAAAGCAGACAUUACAGCAAUGGAGCAAAAGAUAAGGGACUAUGCAAGAAACGUUGUGGAGAGAAAAGCAAGAGAAGAAGCUGGAAAAGUUUUAAUCCGCAUGAAGAAUAGGUUCUCAAUGGUCUUCAAUUAUGGCUGUGAUUCAAUACCUAGGGUUUGGACUGCUGGGAAAGAAGACAUUAAAACUAUCACAAAGGAGGCUCGUUCAGCGUCUCUGAAGCUUUUAUCCGUUAUUGCUGCCAUUCGAUUGGAUGAGAAACCAGAUAAGAUUGAAAAAAUACUUUUUUCUUCUCUGAUGGAUGGAACUACUGCUCCUCUUGCUUCAACCACCUGGGAAGAGGUUCCUUCAAAGGAUACACUACUCACUCCUGUACGGUGCAAGUCUUUGUGGAAGCAGUUUAAAGCAGAGACUGAAAAUAAUGUCACUCGAGCACUUUCAUAUCAGAAGGCUUGUAGACGGAAAAACAACUGGGUGCCACCUAUGUGGGCUAUUGUGGCGAUGAUCGUUCUUGGUUUUAGUGAGUUAAUGCUUCAAUUGAGGAAUCUUGAUGGAGAGUUCCGUAAUGGCACUGUGGCUGCAAUUUUAUCGGUUUCAUCGAGGUUUCUUCCAACUGUCUUGAAGAUCCCAAGGCCGCCUCCUGGGCUACCUCCAGCACCUCAAGCCCCACAACAAUUGCACUCUGUUGUAUCCCAGAGUUUCGGAAAUCAAACUCCUCAGCCAAAUCCAAUGCCAAACUUUAUUUCAGAGUCAUCUGUAUCAUCAUCUAAUAUUUCGUCCGACUGCAAUGAAUAUUCGUGACGCAGGAAACUCUACAUAAAAAAGCCUUCUCCUUUCAGACUCGAGUGGUUGCUCGGAUGGCACCACAGCCCAGACUGUGAGAGUGGGUUCUCCUUUCAGACUCAGCCCAGACUGUGAGAGUGGGUUGUGAGAGUGGGUUCUUCUUUCAGACCCAGCCCCGACUGUGAGAGUGGGUUCUUCUUUCAGACUCAGCCCCGACUGUGAGAGUGGGUUGUCCUUUCAGACUCGAGUGGUGGCUCACAGAGCACCACAGCCCAGACUGUCAGAGUGGGUUCGAGUCUUGGGGGUAGGGGGCUCCUGGGGGAAUGCCCCAAAAAAAAAAAAAAACCUUCUCCUUUCGUUCUGCUGUGAAAUACCUUAUUUUAUUUUAUUUUUGUAUUUUUAUUAAUGAACUAGCAUUAAGUUAGUUAAUAAAAUGAACCUUGGGAUCUCGACCUUGAGCAUUCACUGUAAGAUUGUUCGGUCAUAUUUGAAAAUUUAUAUAAAAAUUUUAUUGUUAUUAAGUAUAUUUA